CUGUUGCUAUGUGCUCAGCUCGGAUUCCAGGUGAUAAUAAGGAAGGAAGAAGGGGAGGAAGGCAUGGGAGGAAUGCCUGAGUGGAGAGAGCAAGAGAGAGGGAGGCAGGAAGAGAGGCUGGGAGGAAGGAAAGCAGAAGGCGGGGGACCCAGCGAGGAGGCACGUGUCAGUUAGACGUCCCUGCCUGGCCCCUGUGUGUCUCGCCUCCAUCACAGUUGUGUCACCUAGCUCUUUUCCACUCCUCGGGAAAAGGGAAAUUCAAAUGUACGAAAGUAGGCGCGGAGCCGAGCCUGGAAUCGGAACUGGGGAGGAAGCCGAGAACUUAGGGGCGCUCGGUCCUUCCUUAAGCUGUUCCCACGCCCUUGGGGACCCCAAGGCCCUGCUUCCCAAGACAGCCCCCUUCUCAUCAGCCCCCGGCUGGCUCACACCUGACGUUUACCUGGAUGGCGAAGGGAGGUGGGGCCGGGAAGGAGCGAAAGGCGGCUGUAGGGGAGCCCGCGUGGGAGCCGACCACCGGCGCACGGCAGGCACCCUGCUGGCGUCCCCCUCCCUUUGAGCGCGGGGCUCGCAGCCUCUUAGACCUGCCCACGUCCCUCCGCCCGGGCCCCCUGUCACUCACGCUCCUUUCAGCCAAUGACGCGGCCGCCUGUCACCCUGACCCCGCCCUGGAGGCAGCGCGGGGAGGGCCUUGGCGGGGAGGGCGCGGGGCCGGAGUUGAAUGAUUGAACUUUCCAGCUGAGUUGCGGCGGCCGCGAGGUCCCCGGCAGAGCGGCCCCGGCGCGGAGCUGGGAGCUUCGGCCAGCGCCCGGCGCCCGCGCCCCCGACCCGCAGCCAUGGUGCCCGGGGCGUCCGGCGCGGCCCUGACCCUCUGCCUCUGGCUGGCGGCCUCCGGGGGCUGCCUGGCGGCCGGCCCCGGCGCGGGGGCGGCCCGGCGGCUGGACGAGUCGCUUUCCGCCGGGAGCGUCCAGCGCGCCCGCUGCGCCUCCAGGUGCCUCAGCCUGCAGAUCACGCGCAUCUCCGCCUUCUUCCAGCAUUUCCAGAACAAUGGUUCCCUGGUCUGGUGCCAGAAUCACAAGCAGUGUUCUAAGUGCCUGGAGCCCUGCAAGGCGUCCUGGGACCUGCGGAAUCAGCAGUGCCAGAGCUUCUGUGAGCCUCUGUUCCCCAAGAAGAACUACGAAUGCCUGACCAGCUGUGAGUUCCUCAAGUACAUCCUGUCGGUGAAGCAGGGGGACUGUCCAGCUCCUGAGAAAGCCAGCGGGUUUGCGGCCGCCUGCGUGGAAAGCUGCGAGGUGGACAACGAGUGCUCUGGGGUUAAGAAAUGCUGCUCCAAUGGAUGCGGACACACCUGCCAGGUGCCCAAGACUCUGUACAAAGGCGUCCCCCUGAAGCCCAGGAAGGAGCUACGAUUCACAGAGCUGCAGUCUGGACAGCUGGAGGUCAAGUGGUCCUCGAAAUUCAAUAUUUCCAUCGAGCCGGUGAUCUACGUGGUACAGAGGAGAUGGAAUUACGGAAUCCACCCUAGUGAAGACGACGCCACGCCCUGGCAGACCAUAGCCCAGACCACGGAUGAGCGGGUCCAGCUGACCGACAUACGACCCAGCAGGUGGUACCAGUUCCGCGUGGCGGCCGUCAACGUGCACGGGACCCGAGGCUUCACCGCCCCCAGCAAACACUUCCGCUCUUCCAAAGAUCCAGCCGCACCACCGGCCCCAGCCAACCUCCGGCUCGCAAACUCCACCGUAAACAGCGAUGGGAGCGUGAGUGUGACGAUGGUUUGGGACCUGCCCGAGGAACCAGAUCCCGUGCAUCACUACAAGGUGUUCUGGAGCUGGACGGUCAGCAGCAAGUCACUCGUGCCGACGAAGAAGAAGAGGAGGAAGACCACGGAGGGGUCUCAGAACUCCGUGACGCUGGAGCGGCUGCUGCCCAACUGCGAGUACACGGUGGAGCUGCAGGCCAUCGCGUACUGGGGCCAGACGCGCCUCAAGAGCGCCAAGGUGUCCCUCCAGUUCACGUCCACACACGCCGCCCACAACAAGCAACAACUUGGGAAAACAAGGAAAAGGGUGACGCCAAUCCAGCCUCCCUUUCAGAGACGACGGCCCACGAGCCUCCUGGAAAUGGGAGCUCCUCUCCAAGACAACCAACUGCAAGCGAAGGUCUACUGGAAAAAGACGGAAGAUCCUGGUGUCAGUCGGUACCACGUGCAGUGGUCUCCGGAAGUCUGUGCCCACAACGAAUCCGCCAGCCUGGAGGCAUCCUCGGCCCUGACCCAGGAAAAUUACAUGAUUCUUCAAGAUCUGUCAUUUGCCUGCAAAUAUAAGGUGACCGUGCAGCCCACACGGCCAAAGGGCCGCUUGAAGGCAGAAACCGUUUUCUUCACUACGCCGCCUUGCUCCGCCCUGAAGGGCAAAAGCCACAAGCACGUCAGCUGCCCUGGAGAAGCAGGUCACAUUCACUCCAGAGUACAAGCCAAGCCCGAGAACCUCUCCGCCUCCUUCGUGGUCCAGGACGUCAGCAUCACAGGACACUUCUCGUGGAAGAUGGCCAAGGCCACCCUCUACCAGCUGACCGGCUUCCAGGUGACCUGGGCGGAGGUCACCACCGAGAGCAGGCAGAACAGCCUUCCCAACAGCAUCAUCUCGCAGUCCCAGAUCCUGCCCGCGGAUCACUACGUGCUCACGGUGCCCAGUCUGCGGCCGGCCACCCUCUACCGCCUGGAGGUGCAGGUGCUGACGGCGGCGGGGGAGGGGCCCGCCACCAUCAGGACCUUCCGGACCCCUGAUCUCCCGCCCUCGGCUGCGGCUGCGCACAGACCCCACCUUAAACAUCAGCAUGCGCAUCAUUACAAGCCGCCUCCCGAAAGAUACUGACCUCUUCCCGAAAUGCCUGACAGCUGAUCGACUGACCGCGUGAGCUCUUGGGCCCUCCCGGACUGGCCGCGCCUGCUCCCGGAGGCAGCAGGUGUCCCUGUUAAGCCUCUGGCCCUCAUCUACCUGCACUGCACGCAAUGCUUCCACCCAGGUGGGAUGUGGCCAGAAAGCAGUGGCAGGCAGUGAGCCCCUGAGGUGCAUAGCAGUUUCCUUUGAGAAUGGAGGAGGCCAAGGGUGGGCCUGGGUCCUGGCAAUGUCUGUUUCCCCCUUUGGUGUGGCUAAUUGCAACGGAAUGACUGUAGAUCCCAGGUGUCCCUGAAUUUGGACCAGCAAAUGCUCAAAAGAAACCCGCGUAAUAAAUACCUAAUUUCUACAUGUAAGAAGCAUACUGAACAUACACAUAUUAGGCAUAAAGUUUAUCAAUAAACAUUUAAAAUUAUGGAUUGGAUUUGCAAAAUCCACUAAGAUGAUACAGUUUUUCAGGCCCUGUUUAUUCACAUAUUUAAGACAGUUGCUAUCAGGUGUGAUCAUUGUAACAGAGCAUUUGUAACCUGAAAUAUACCAUGAAUUGACACAUGAAAUGCUCCUCUGCAAGUGCUUAAGCUUCGUUCUCCACAAAGGCAAGGAAGACCGCCUGCCUGCGAACAGUGACUUAGGCAAGAUACCCAGAACAGCAGGGAGUCGUGAUGUACGCUGCUCUCCGGACGUUGCCUGGGCGAAAUGAAAAUUCUUCUCUGGGGCAUACGCGUCCAUAUUUCAUUCUAUGAGACUGAUUGUCCUGUGACAUUGUCUUAUUUCUAUUUUCCUUUUUCUUCCUUCCCGUGGAAAACAGCUGCUGGUGUGUUCUGUUUUGCUGCUCACAGGUCCCUAAAACGUAACAAAACCUCUGGCUUGAGAGGCGAGCAUCCCAGCAAUUUGAGUAUUUCCAAAUCUUUAUUGAGCUUGGCCUGUUCUUAAUCCAGGCAUGCUCUUUGUACGGCCGAAUCUUCUCCGCAAUGUGCAGAGGGAGGAGGGCCUCUGGUUGGGAGAGGUGGACAGCUAUUGAUGAACGCUUCUUUACUCAUUCAGAUCUCUGGCAUCUGGUUUGAAGACUCCCAGACUCCACCCUACCCACGUGUAUCACAAAGUCAAGUCAGAUCACGCUGUCAGUAUAUGGUACUGCAGGCUGCGUUGGGGCGGCUUGCAACCCAGAAAUAUUUGGUUUAAUAGAGUUUUCUUCUUGAGGGCAUACCCAUGUGUAUGUUUUGAAACAGGUCUGUAUGUAUGUGGGUCUGCAUACUGAUGCGUGUCUGUGGGUACGUACAUAGAAAUACAGACGCACACACAGACUCACAUACAAACGUGCCUAUACGUUGAGUACGGACCAUGGAAGAUGUUUUCCUAGCUCACCAAUGGCGGAUAAAGGUACGGUUCUUCUCACGGGCCUCACGAUAAUCGGUUUUCCUCCUCAGUAUUGAUUCUACGAGAAAAGAGCCACUGAUCAGCAUCAAACAUGGUAAAGGAAGGGCUUCCUUGUGCAUCCACACAAGCCAAACGAAGACAUUUUCAGUAACGCCUUGCCAGGGUUUUCAUGGUGGGUCUUGGAACUCGGUGUUGUGUUCCGUCUUCUAAAUGCCCGCAGUGGCCCUGAUGCGCCUGCUGAACAGCAGCCAGGACUUGCUCUCUGCCAGGCCUCACACUCGCUCGAAAAGCAGAGGGCACAUAGCACAGAAAGUAAUGCGGUGGCCGCAUCGAUGCCUCUGCUUAGGGAACCCCGUCUGUAAGCACAGACCCUCAGCGGCGAGCCAAGGCUUUCCUGGGCAUGAAGAUACAUUACACGUUGUUAAGGCUGGCGGGUUUGCCGCUCUGGACAGGAGGUCUCAGCAUGGACGUCCAGGGCCUCUGACCAUUUUUUUGCAGCUCCUAAAGUGGCCUGCGAUGGACUUACCACCGUGUGUCCUGAAAUCACCUGGCUCCUAGAAUCUUGGAUUUUGACAGGAGAGAACAGGAGCAGCCUUCACUUAAAAAACACCGCUGCGCUUGAGCAAACACAGAGGCCUUCUCUGAAACGACGAUUUAUC